ACAUGCAACAGUUACAGGAAGCUGGCUAGAAGACAGCAGGGGAACUUGAGAACUUGGUCGUUUUCUGCCGAUUAAAACAACACAGAUACUUCUUUCUCAGAGUUAACAUGGUGUGUGUUGCAAAUCAAAGGAGGAAGGAACAAACAACAAAUUAAUCAGACAGGAAGCGAAUACCCACAGAAGGACGUCUGCCUCUGACUCAGUAUGUCACAGUUAACAAGAGGCCAGAGCUUGUCCAAAAUGGCUGUCUGAAAACGACCCCACGUUUGCGUUAGAAGAUGAUGCCCUUCUCAGGGACAGUGUUCUCGCGUGGCUCUUGUCUCACUUGCUCACUGUUGGCCUGUGUCCCCGAUCAUGGCUUCCUACAGUACCCUUUAACGAUUUAUCAGCAAGACUGUUGAAAGCGUAACAGUCCAAGAUGCCCGUCCCUCCCCCUCCGGCACCCCCGCCACCCCCUACAUUUGCACUGGCCAAUACAGAGAAACCUACCUUGAAUAAGACAGAGCAGGCUGGGAGAAAUGCUCUCCUCUCUGAUAUCAACAAAGGGAAGAAACUGAAGAAGACAGUCACCAAUGACAGAAGUGCACCAAUAUUGGACAAACCUAAAGGAGCUGGUGUUGGUGGCAGCGGCGGUGGCUUUGGUGGAGGAGGUGGCAGCUCCAGCGGCGGUGGUGGUGGUGGUGGUGGAAGUUUUGGAGGAGGCGGACCUCCGGGUUUGGGAGGACUGUUCCAGGCCGGAAUGCCAAAGCUGAGGUCCACGGCCAACAGGGAUAACGAUUCCGGAGGCAGCCGACCACCAGUUCUGCCACCGGGAGGAAGAGCCAUGUCUGCCAAGCCUUUUUCACCCCCAGGUGGCCCGGGGAGGUUUGCUGUGCCCUCUCCAGGCCACAGAAGCGGCCCCCCGGAGCCUCAGAGGAACCGGAUGCCUCCCCCGAGGCCCGACGUGGGCUCCAAGCCCGACAGCAUCCCCCCUCCGGUGCCUAAUACGCCAAGACCCAGUCAAUCGAGUCUGCACAACCGGGGGUCCCCCGCGGUGCCCGGGGCCCCCAGGCAGCCCAGCCCCGGGCCUGCUCCGCCCCCCUUCCCUGGGACCCGAGGUGCUGCUUUCGGGGGCGGCUCCGUCCGCCAGACACCCUCGAGCUCCCCCUCGCCCUUCUCCGGCAGGCCCCCCCUGCCGCCGACCCCCGGCAGGGCCGCGGAUGACAAGCCGCCGCCGCCGCCGCCGCCGAUGGGCAGCAGGCCCUCCGUCCACAGGGAAGCGGCGCCCCCGCCCCCGCCGCAGAACAACAAGCCCCCGGUGCCUUCCACCCCGCGGCCUUCCUCCUCCUCGCAGGCCCCGCCGCCGCCGCCGCCGCCGAGCAGGCCCGGCCCCCCUCCCGCGCCUCCGGGCUCCGGUGGCAACGACGAAAUCCCAAGACUCCCACAGCGGAAUCUGUCCCUCACUUCGUCCGGACCGCCCUUGCCUUCCCCGGGACGCUCCGGUCCUCUUCCUCCCCCGCCCAAUGAGCGACCCCCUCCUCCAGUGAGGGACCCGCCAGGCAGAUCAGGCCCCCUCCCACCGCCUCCUCCAAUAAGCAGAAAUGGCAGCACGUCUAGGGCACUGCCUGCCACCCCGCAGUUGCCGUCCAGGAGUGGAGUGGAUGGUCCCAGGAGUGGGCCCAGGCCUCCCCUUCCUCCCGACAGGCCUGGUGCUGGGGCACCUCCCCCGCCUCCACCGGCAACAUCGAUUAGAAAUGGCUUCCAAGACUCUCCCUGUGAAGAUGAGUGGGAAAGCAGAUUCUACUUCCAUCCGAUUUCUGAUUUGCCACCUCCGGAGCCAUAUGUACCAACGGCCAAAAGUUAUCCCAGUAAAUUGGCAAGAAAUGAAAGCCGCAGUGGAUCCAACCGAAGAGAAAGGGGUGCCCCGCCACUUCCUCCCAUCCCAAGGUGAUCUCUGCCUGCUCUGCUCUGCGCAAGCUCGAGAGCUGCUCCUGUCGUUGCUAUCCGAGAGUUGCACACCCUCCGCCUCCUUUCUCUCUUGCCCCCUUCGUAUUGGCAGGAGGGAGGAGUCGGGGUGAGUGGGAAUAUGCGUGUGUGGGGGUGGGAAUCCAGUAGAGAAAUGCACCUAGCUUUUUAUAUUGUGUAUAUUCCAAGAGCAAUGCUUGCUUCAGCUACAGCCUGCCUGUGCUGGCUGCUGAGGGGUUGAUAGGCUUUUGUGGCAAGUAGGCACAGACGAAUUGUAUCCCAGCUUUCAACCAACCAAAUUGGAACAUUCAUUGCUUAUUUGCUACAGACUGCAAUUAUGAAAGUCUCUGAGAGCUGUCUUCUUCCAUGCCUUUCGCGCAUGCUUGGCCUCCCGUCUGUUUCCAUGAACCAGACCACCUAAGCAAGUUUCUGAACAAAGGCUCACAUGAAAACUUUUGCAGUCACAGGAUGUCCAAGCUUUGGCAGUCAGAGGUACCUAUGCUUUAGGACAGAGCUGUCCAGUAGAAAUAUAAUGUGAGCCCCAUAUACAACUUUAGAAUUUCUGGUAGCCAUGCUUUUUUUAAAAAGGUGAAAAGAAACAGGUGAAAUUAGUUGUAUUUUAUUUAACCCUAUGCAUCCAAGACAUUAUCAUUUCAACCUGUAGUCAAUAUAAAAAAUAUUAAUGAGAUUUUACAUUCUUUUUUGGUACUAAAUCUUCAAAAUCCAAUGUGCAUUUUACACUUACAGCACAUCUCCAUGAAAAUGUGACUAGUCAUGUUUUAUAUGCUCAGUAGCCACAUGUAGCUGGUGGUUACCAUAUUGGACAGCACAAAAGUUUAAUGCAAAAACCUCUUGUUUUUGCAUUAAAGAAAAAGGGCAAGAUGAGCUUGAGCAAUUCAAGCAGCCACUAAAAACAAAGUUAGGACCCAACACCUUGUUUGACAGACAGCUUGACCUUAGAUUUUGCUCCCAUAUUUUCCCUCUUCCCUUAAUGUCUAUGUACAGGUGUUGCUAAUGUCUGUGUACAAGUGUUGCUUCACAGUCCCAAGGUCACAAAUUGAUCUAGAACAGUUCACAGUCAUGUGGAAUAAAGCCAUUGGAAGGAAACUGAAAGCCUGUUGGGGCUUCCGGGCUCAGAGCCACCUGGUUCGUGUGCUCACUUGUCAGUUGGACUCCUGCCUCAGGGCCUGGAGGCAGCCUUGGCUUCUCUCCAGCUCAGCAAGUCCCUGGGGCUGGGAGAGGCUAGUAAGGCUUGGCAGGAGGGGAAGAAAGUCAGAGAAAGGUAUCAAAUCAGAAACAUGGAAGAAGGGAACAGACUUGAGUUGAUGGGCAAUCCUCUAAAACUCUAAAUCCGAUGCUUAUAGGGUUGAGUGUGGAAUUAGGGAGACUGCUAGUGGACAGUGGAGGGAAUUUGUUUUGAAGCUAUACAGGGGAAUCAUGUGUCUGGGAUCUAUGCAAAUAAAGUUCUGCUAAAGGACCAUAGGGAAGAGCCAGCCUUGCCUUUUUUUAUAUGAUUUUGUUUACAAAAUUUUACUGGGACUUUUAAAUCUAGCUGUAGAGUUGGGAAAAAAUAUUUCCACUUAGAUGUUUUAUGUGGUUGAUUAUGUUUAAAAUUACCAUUACUUAUUUUUUAAAAGCACAUGACCGUAUAUGUAUAUGUAUAUCUACCUAAACUUUGUAUCAUGGUUUCAGUGUAUUAUUCAUGUAUUACUGGGUGAUGCUAACAAGAAAUCAAUCCAAAGAAAAAUUUGAAAGAUGCAUUCCUAUUUAUAGAAUAAAUGUUUCAUUUAUAUAAAAGCAAAUGAACUUAGAGUUCUAAUAAAUGGGAUGUCUAAUAAAUUAUGAAGUCACUGAUUUGAAUAUAUUAUAUUUUUAUAACUUUCCUUACCAAAGUCCUGGGCUUAGUACAUUAGAGAACUUGUUGUUUCCCCUCUCCUCUGCCAUUCAUCUAUCUUCUAUACAGUCGCUUGGGGCUCUUCACCCCAAGAAAAUCAAAAAAUAUAAAGGUGUAACAUUAGCAAAAUAUUUUGAAAUUUUUUUUUAAUCUCUAGCAUUUUGGUAGUUUAGCAGCAUCAUUUUAUUUUGGAUUCUUUGAUCUGACAUCAACAGUAAUAAAAAUCCCUAUGAUCAAGCCUAAUGACCCACUUCACAAAAGAUGCAAUUUGGCCUUCCUAGGAAAUACGGUGGAGAAAAGUCUGACCCAAAGAAAGGUCUGAAUUUUAUAAGGGGGAGUAAGAAUUGGACAACUUCCUUCUAUAUCUCAACUUUGCAGGUACCAUUCUAAAUUUUGAAACAGGGUCACAGCUAAAAGUUGCCAUUUAUCCAGAAUAGAGAUGUUUUAGAAUGUAUCUUUUAAGUGAAUGUUUCAUUAAUACACCUACACCCUUUCUCUGAAAGUUAGAAACCUAAUUUCAUCUUAAACUUUGAAUAAGUUCUGUGCUAAAAUCUUCAACUAUGGCAAAUCACAGAAAUGAGUGUUUUCUUCCUUGAAAUCAGAGCUUACCUGUGUUUUUUUUUUUCAUAAAAUUUCCAGAUAAACAUAUUCAAGAUGCAAUACAGUAUUUUAACAUUCACAUAUCAUUUUAUAUUGAAAUGUAUUACAGUAUUAAAAUUCAGUGUUCAGUAUUUAUUUCACUAUGCAUUUUAUUUAGCAAAAGCUAAGAAAAAUGUUUAAUCCAAUGGUGCCUUACUUUGUGAUUUGAAAGAAAUCAACUUUUUAUGUCUAAGUAGCAGAUUAUUUGCAUAUUUGUAAAAACUGUUAGGUCUUUAUAUUUUAACUUGUAAUACCAAUUUUGUUAUUUUAGUAGCAGAAAUGGAAUGAUUGUUAAAGUGCCCAGAAAAUUUUUGGCAUGAAAUUAAUUUUUCCCUCUUUAUAGUCAGGGACUAUAGAGGAAGAAAAAAAUUUUUUUCAUACCAUUGCACUAUGUAAACAGACACAUUUUGGUAUGUAUGUCAUCAGGAUAGUGUAAAUGAUAGGGUAGAGUCUACCCUAGACAUCUGCGUCUUUGUAAGUUAGCCAGACAAUAAAUAAAAGCAGAAUGA